AUGGACUCUCAAUACCCUCACACCACAGCAACAACAACGGCACCAUCAACGCCGGACAGUCACACGAUCGACAUGUCUUCAGGUCUCGAUAUCUCCGCCUCGGAAAUCUCCCGAUCAAUGUCAACCAGGAGACUCCAGGCUAGCCAUUCAACAGAAAACUUCUUCGACGGCCCACCACCAGUUAUCGACGAGGAGGAACUUCACUCCAUCGUUGGCCAGCACCUUGUCAUCGCCCCUGUCCCCGCAGAGAUCGACACCUCAACGCCCUCGAUCCAUUCCGACUCUAAUCUCGAGGUCCUCAAUGAUUCUGCCGCCUCUCAGCGCCGCCUCUCUUCCGUCACCGCCACACCCACCACCUCUGCCGAUUCGGUCACCGAGAGCGCCACAACAGAUGGAUCGGCCACCCUCAACUCCCAUUUCCAACUCCAAGGUGGUGCCGACGCCAACGAUGUUUACAAGUGGCACGAGAAGCAGACAAGACGCCAAUUGGGCGCAAGAUCAUAUACCUACCAUGCCCCUUCUAAGAAGGACAUGACCAUCGAGACCAUGAAGGCCCCCGGAGGAUUCCGCCGCCAUUACAUCCAGAACGAGGCCGUCGCUCGCGGCGAGCCCGCACCAGCUCUCCCCACAAAGUCGUUCAUCCACUUCCUGGGCCUGUUCAACAUGUACGAGAUAGAUAACUUUGCCGGCGAGAAAUUCCGUUCGAUCCCCAAGCGGUCGAUUGUUGUCCCAAAGGAUGCCGAUAAAAGACGUCUGUCGAUGGCAGACACUCUUGGCAGCCGGCGGUACUACAUGCCUGGCGAGAAUCUGAAGGAGGACGAGGAGGCGAUUGAGGAGCCUGAGGAAAAGAUUUCCUUCUCCAAGGCCGUCGGAAUGCUUUUCAAAACGUUUAUUGCCAGCGGUAUUCUCUUCCUGCCGAAUGCGUUCAAGAACGGUGGAAUACUCUUUGCUCCUCUCUUCAUGACUCUGAUAGCCGUCCUCUGUCUGCACUCCUUCUUGCUUCUGGUUAAGUGUCGCGAGCUGCACCCUGGUUCUUAUGGUGACAUUGGACAGCGCUUUUACGGUCGCUGGAUGCGAUAUAUUGUUCUCUUUGCCAUUGCCAUUUCCCAAUUCGGAUUCUGCAGUGGUUACUGUAUCUUCUUUGCCCAGCAGUUUGCGAUUGUGGUCAACAGUCUAGGAGGUGCCGAUUUGGACAAGAUUGUCUGGAUCGCCAUCUUCUUUGUGAUCCUCGUGCCCUUUACCCUAGUGCGCAACAUUGGCAAGCUUGGUUUUAGCACCCUGGUGGCCGAUCUGUGCAUCAUUGUUGGUCUGAUCUACUUGUACACCUACGAUAUCAAGGAGCUGAUCAUCAACCAGGGCUCGCCUACCCCUCUUCGUCUCUUCAACUCGGAAGACUUUGGUCUCUUUAUCGGAACUGCUGUGUUCUCGUUUGAAGGAAUUGGAAUGGUUAUUCCUAUUUGCGGAAGCAUGGCCAAUCCCAAGCAGUUCCCUCGUGCAUUGACCAUUGUGCUCUCCAUUGUCUGUGUCCUCCUCGUCAGCUUUGGUUGUUUAGGCUAUGCAGCCUACGGUGACAACGUCAAGACGAUUGUCCUCGAUGACCUUCCUAACGCCACUGGUGGAGAGAAGGCUGGCAAGAACGCUAUCCAGCUGCUCUACGUCAUCGCGAUCUACUUGACCACCCCGUUGAUGUUGUUCCCUUGCAUCCGCAUUAUGGAGCAUAUUAUCGGAUCAGUUAUCGACAGAUCGAAUGGUGGCAAGAUGACGACGUUGAAGGAGAAUGUGGUCCGUGUGUUGAUUGACUUUGCGGUUGCGGCUGUUGCCUAUGCUGGUUACAACAAGUUGGAUAUCUUUAUUAGUUUUGUCGGAUCGUUUGCCUGUGCUCCAUUGUUGUUUAUCUUCCCUCCACUGUUCCAUUUGAAGGCUUUCCCCAACCAACCCAUGUGGCGCAAGGGUAGCGACGUGUGCCUUAUCCUCUUUGGCUUCGUCGUCUUCUUCUACACCCUUACCAUCACCAUCCAGUCCUUCUCCAGGCAGGAGUAG